UGGUUGGAUCCUGGGCUCGCCAAGGCGCCCUGCCUGCAGAUACCCGGCGGGUACCGAGUGUUGCCGAGCGUUGGCCAUCUUGUUUGUGGCUUUGCUGGUUGGUGGUGCUCGGCGCGGCUUAUGUCAUGUGAUGCUCUGGCCGCUUUGGCUCCUGGUUCGCACCGCUCUAGGGCCCCCCGCCAUGUUGCGCUGAGCGGCACUGAGCGGGGCGCGGAGAGGAGGGGAGGCGCGUGUGGUGUGCAUGUGUGUGUGUGUGUGUUUGCCCGCCCGACGCGACGCGGCCGCCAGUCGAGCCGAACCUGUUGCUGCAGCACCGCGGUGGUGCCGGAGCGCUCUGAGUCGCAGCGUCUAAGGCCGCCUAGGCCGUCAUGUCGGACACCAACGGACGGCACAGUCCUCCCGCUACCAACGGCCACGGCAUGGAGUCUGACGCCGCCCUGGAGGCGCCGGGCGCGCCCACCGCGCGCCUGUGCCACAUCGUGAAGUGGGCGCACUUUGACGGCUACGGCUUCAACCUGCACGCCGAGAAGGGCAAGCCGGGCCAGUUCAUCGGGAAGGUGGACGAGGGCUCCCCGGCCGAGGCCGCGGGGCUCCGGGAGGGCGACCGCAUCGUGGAGGUGAACGGCGUCAACAUCGCCAACGAGAACCACAAGCAGGUGGUGCAGCGCAUCAAGCAGGUCGACGACGAGACCAAGCUGCUCGUCGUGGACGAGGAGGCGGACAAGUAUUUUAAGGCGCACGACAUUGUGAUUAAAAGUAGCCUCCCGAACGUGACCAACCUCAAGACCCCUCCGUCGCCGGCGGCCUCGCCCGCGCCUUCCUCUCCCUCCGUCAACGGACAGACGAAAUCUCCCUCCAGCGAGCGGAAAAACAGUCUGAGAAGUUCCGAGUCGAGUCCGGAGCCCGACCAGCAGGAGGGAUCGCAGGGCGACAGCGGGCGCAGCUCGGCCAACGGCACCCUGGAGCGGCAGAACAACGCCCUCAACCUCAACAUGUCGGCCGCCGAGUUCCGCAUGCAGCUCGCCUCGCGCAAGAGCAGCAAGUACGAGGUGAAGAAGGACUCCGUCGACUUCAAGCAGAAGGCCGACAUCAUUCAGAAGCUGUGAGGUGCCCUUCAACGGCGCCAGUGCACGCCUCGCCCGCCCCCUGCUCAGGUCAUCGUCCGUCCAUGGUCGCGAGGGUCUUCAGUAUUUCGUUUUCCGUUUGUGUUGUUGGAGCCUCAGUUCCCAGUUUUGUGGAGAUUCCUGUAAAUGUUUCCUUCAAGUUAUACGUGACUUGUUUUCUGUCAUAAUACGGAAUCUUAAAUACUUUUGUAUUAGGCCCAAAUUCAGUCGGCAUUAUUUGAGAAAGGUGUAACUUUUGGCUAAUAUGCAUCUGAAAGACAGUCUAUAUAUUUUUUUACUGAUUUGUUUUGCCCAUGACCUGCAAAAUCAUGUCUGUGUCAUUUACCUUGAAUACUGCAAUACACAUUACCAGAUGCGUAUUAUUUAGCACUUUAAACGCUCGCUUCACAAAUCAAAUCUAAUUUUUUGUGUGGUUUAAAAUUAGUUUCUUUCCCUUGUGUGAAAGUAUUCUCUUGUCGAGUCAGUAUUGCAUACUUUUAAGGCCUGUCUAUGACCGGCCGUCUACAUCGCUUGGUAGUUUCGUUUUCGUUUUAAUUUUUAAUAAUAAGGUUAUGUAUUUAAGGGAUUGAGACAUCACAGUCUUGCGCAAGUGCCUGAAAGCUACCGCCCUGGAAGCUCGGACUGAGGAGCGGUUUAGCACAUGAAGUGCCAAACCACAUUAGUUUUUAAGACUGUUUGUAAAUAGGCCUUCCUUAUUGGGUUUCAUUUGAAUGGUAAACGGAUAUUAACGACUCUUCAUUUUUCUUGUUCCAUUGCUUUGCUUGGAGAUGCUUUGAGCACAUUCCAGUCCUUUAUGUGAUAAAUUUUUUGCUAAGUUAGGUGAUUGCUUGAAAAAAACAAGCACUGGCAGUUUGAGCCCUUUACUGAUAAGCUUCCGUACAUGGAUGUAGUGUAUUAACCUCUGUAAUUUUGGUCUCUAAAUUUAUGGCCGGAUGUUGAAAUUACCCUGUAGCUGUGUCUUGUUUUGUAAAGUGUUUUAGUGAGUUUCCUCUCUAUGCUUUAAUUUUUUUUUGUCAUUGUUGCCCCAGUUGUACAACUAUGCACAAUAUUUUUAUUGUGCUGCUGUUUGCCUUGUUAAGGCAGUAUCUAGUGAAUUACCGAAAUAAAUUGUUUAUUUUA